CAAUGAAACAAUUGAACCGGCUUGGCCGGCUUUAACAAUUUUCAGUGGCUUGCGACAUUUGCUUAAGAUUAAGGGAAGCUUUCCUCUCUUUGCGGUCAAUUCCUUCAAGGGAUGGACUCUCUCCCUUUCUCUAACUAAAUCCUCUUGUGUGUGUGUAUAUAUAUAUAUAUAAUUAUUUCUAUAUAUUAUUCCCUAACAAGACAACCCCAAGUCCUCUGUUGUUGUUGUUGGUGUGCUGGUCUUAUAGUUGGGUGCAUUAUCAAGUGCCUGAAACAUAAACACAAAACUGAAAUGGUGUGUCCUGAGGAAUCAUUUGGAGGCAAUGAGAGCUCUUUUGCUCACCUUCAUCCUAACCCUGUUGUGUUAGAGCUCACCCGAUUGCAGAACCAACUCAAAGAAAGGGACAGGGAGUUAGGAGCUGCCCAGGCUGAAAUCAAAGCUUUGAGAGCAACUGAAGCACUGAAGGAUAAGGCCAUACAUGAGCUCCAGGGUGAAGUUCAAAAGUUGGAUGAGAAACAUAGGGUCACUGAGAAUAUCCUUCAACAUAAGAACCUCGAAAUCAAGAAACUGACGAAUGAGAAGAAAGAUGCAAUGGCUGCACAAUUUGCUGCAGAAGCAACUCUUAGAAGGGUGCAUGCAAACCAAAAGGAUGAUGAUGAUGUUUCUAUCGAAUCCGUCAUUGCUCCUCUUGAGGCAGAGAUAAAAAUGUAUAAGAAUGAGAUUGCAAUGCUACAUGAGGAUAAGCGGGCGUUGGAACGUCUUACUAAGUCGAAAGAGUCGGCUCUGCUCGAAGCAGAGAAGAUUUUGCGAAGUGCUUUAGAAAGGGCUUUAAUAGUUGAGGAGGUUCAAAACCAGAACUUUGAGUUAAGGAGACAGAUUGAGAUUUGUCAGGAGGAGCACAAAAUCCUUGAGAAAACCAAUCGCCAAAAGGUCUUAGAGGUUGAAAAGCUAAGCCAAACUAUUCAAGAACUCGAAGAGGCGAUUUUGGCUGGAGGAGCUGCUGCUAACUCUAUCCGGGACUAUCAGAGACAAAUUUCGCAACUUAAUGAAGAAAAGAGGACGCUCGAGAGGGAGCUUGCACGAGUUAAAGUCUCGGCCAACCGUGUAGCGACCGUGGUGGCCAAUGAGUGGAAGGAUGAGAAUGACAAGGUAAUGCCUGUCAAGCAAUGGCUGGAAGACAGAAGGCUGCUUCAGGCAGAGAUGCAAAGAUUGAAGGACAAACUAGCUGUGUCAGAGAGAACAGCAAAGGCAGAAGCACAGCUUAAGGAGAAAUUCAAGCUAAGGCUCAAAAUAUUGGAAGAUGGCUUAAAACACGUAUCAACUUUGUCAGUUAAUGCAUCUUAUGGGUCCCCAAAACCAGACAAGUCCAGCAAUAUAUUAGGGCUUUUAACAGGCAGCAGUGGACCAAGGAAGAGGUCUACCUCUCAACCAAGGGCUUCUACCAUCAGUGCCACUCUACUGCAGCGGCCAAGUGUAGAAACUGAAACAGCCAAUACCAGAAUAAGACAAGGUAGCAUCUUAAGAAGAAGGCCAGUAUCAGAAGAAAAUAUGGUGAGAAAAAAUUUGUGGGCGUCUAGGUGUAAGGUUGCUGAUAGUAGUGAAAAGGAAAAUGCUGAAAAUAAGGUCAAUGAACAGACUGAAAAGAAAAACAAUGAAGAGAAUGAAAACAGAGGGAAUGCUGAAGAUAUGGUUUCAGGGUUUUUGUAUGAUAGGCUUCAGAAAGAGGUCAUUAAUCUAAGGAAGUUUUGUGAGGCUAAGAAUAGUAGCUUGAAUGCUAAAGAUGAAGAAAUAAAGAUGCUGAUGAAGAAGGUUGAAGCAUUCUCAAGAGCCAUGGAAAUGGAAUCUAAACGAGUGAAGAAAGAAGCACAACUUGUUAAAGAAAAGAAGAAUGGAUCACCCAAAAUGGAGGAUACCAAAAAGGUGAAAAACAAUAACUCUAGAAGGUCUUGAAGAUUGGCAGUGGAAUUCAUUUGAUUGGUUGGAUAUGAUUGUGAGUGUAAAUAGUGACUUAUAAUGUUGUUUUUUGGAUGAAAAUUAGCUUAGUUACAAUAAAGUUGGUUGUGAAUGAUGAAAAUUGGGUUUGUAAUGGUAAUUGUAAAAGAAAAAGGGUUGGAGAUUUGUUGAUGAAUUAUAACAUCCUAGCUAGGCCUAGGAUGAUGACGAUGAUGAUGAUGUAGUUCCAAUUGUGUUUUGUAAUGCUUGAGGUUGACAUAAAUAUUAUUCCCCAGGUUUCUUUUCUUUCCUUAA